AUGGCCGCUCGAGGCCUCCCCACCACCGCUCUCCGGGCAGGCAUGCGCGCCUCUCAAAGGGGUAUCCUGCGACAUGCGCGCACUGCAGCUGGCGGAGCGCCUGCUUUGCAGCGCGGAUUUGCUGCUGCCGGCCCCUCGCGCGACCGCAUGGCCACCGCCGCCCAGCCUGUGCCUCCCCCCUCAGCAUACGCUGCGGCCGCUUCGGCACCUGCCUCGACACCAGUCUCGACAGCGGCAGUCAACGACGACGACGUUCGCCACCUCUUUGACAGCACGUACACGCCUCGCACGUCGACCCCAACUGGCCUCUUCACGCUUGGCCCGCUCACGCAGCCGCGCAACCUGCGCGCCCUCACCGACCGGACGCUCGUCCACGCGCAGGCUAUUGUGGAGCGCAUCGCACGCGCACAGAGCGACCCUACGGGCAUCGAGCUUCGCGAAGUGGUGAAGAACCUUGACCGGCUGAGCGACUUGCUCUGCGGCGUCAUUGACAUGUGCGAGCUCGUACGCAACGCUCACCCAGACAGGAACUGGGUGGCCGAGGCGGACAGGGCGUACGAACGGUUGUGCUCGUUCAUGAACGGGCUCAACACCGACCGCGGGCUGUUUGAGGCUCUGGCGGCGACGCUGGACGCCAACCACGCCAAGCCGCUCAGUCACGCCGAGCGACAGGUCGCUCUGACUUUCCUGCGCGACUUUGAAAAGAGCGGAAUCGACCUGCCCCCGCAAGUGAGGGCACGCUUUGUCGAGCUCUCCGACUCACUCUUGUCCCUGGGACGCACUUUCCUCACCGCCGCCUCGAGCGGACCCUCCCCGGAGCCACUGAUCGAGAUUCCCGAGCCGGAACGCAUGCUGGACGGCCUCGGCCCCCAGUUUAUCCACUCGCUGCCCCAUCGUCGCGGCAAGGCCCUUGUUGUCCCCGGAUCAUGGGAGGCGCAGAUGAUCGUCCGCUACGCCAAGGACGGCGAGGCGCGCCGCCUGGCGUAUGUGGGCAACUCGCGCGCGGACCCGGAGCGUGUCGGCGUGUUGGAAGAAAUGCUCGCCCAGCGUGCCGAGCUCGCGGGCGUGCUUGGACGCAGUAACUGGGCCGAAGUCGCGCUUGUGGACAAGAUGGCCAAGAAUCCCGAAAACGUCUGGGGAUUCUUGACGUCGCUGGCAGAGCACCACAAGACCUCUGCCCUCGCCGACGUCUCCGUCCUCCAGCGCCUCAAGUCGAUGAGCAUCACCGGUAACGACAGCCAGGCCCACUUCCCUCCCAUGAGCGCAUGGGAUCGCGACUUCUUUACGGAAAAGUACAUGACCUCGCUUGCCCCGGCCUCACUGUCCCCCCUGGCACCAUACUUUUCGACCGGCACAGUCUUGCGUGGCCUCUCCCGCCUGUUUUCCAGGCUGUACGGUAUCUCUUUCCGCCCCGCCGCCGUCUCUCCCGGAGAAGUGUGGCACCCGUCGGUCCGCCGCCUGGAUGUUGUGGACGAAAAGGAAGGCCUGAUUGGUAUUAUCUACUGUGACCUGUUCUCGCGUGAUGGCAAGCCACCUAACGCUGCGCAUUACACGGUUCGCUGCAGCCGCCGUGUCGAUGACGACGACCUUGCCGGCGACCGUUUGCCUGAGGGCUGGGACGCGCGUUUCGGCCCCGGCCUCGAGACGGAGGGCGACAGCUCCCCUGGUCGCGAGGGCAAGUACCAGCUCCCCAUUGUGGUCCUUACCACCGACUUUGGUACGGUUGAGCGCGACAGGCCGGCUCUUCUCGGCUGGCACGAGGUGGAGACGCUGUUCCAUGAGAUGGGACACGCUAUGCACUCCAUGAUUGCUCCCCUCCAUCCUCAUGGAGCACUUUGUCUCGUCCCCGCUGUCCUGUCCAUGUUCGCCUCGCACUACUCGACGGGUGAACCCCUGCCCAUGCCCCUCCUGGCCCAGCACCUGUCGCUGCAGCAGUCCUUUGCCGCAGUCGAGACACACGGCCAGAUCGUGAUGGCCAUGCUGGACCAGCAGUACCACCGCCUUGCCCCCGGGGAGAUUGUCGACUCGACCGCCGUCCACCAGGACCUCCAGACCAACGUUGGUGUCUUCCCGCCCGUCGACGGCACCGCGUGGCAGACCCAGUUUGGCCACCUGUACGGCUACGGCGCGACGUACUAUUCGUACCUGUUCGACCGCGCCAUUGCCGGCAAGGUCUUCUCGACUCUGUUUGAGAAUGAUCCCCUAAGCCGCGACCAGGGCGACGUGUUGCGCAACAAGUUGCUCAAGUGGGGUGGCGGCAAGGACCCAUGGGAGAUGGUUGGCGACGUCGUCGGCGGCGAGGAGGGCGAGGCCGUCGCCAAGGGUGAUGAGAAGGCCAUGGAGUUGGUUGGUGGGUGGUAUAUCAAGUAA